AUGGAAACUUUAGCCAUUUUCGUAUUUUUCAUCUUAUUCCAAAGCUUAGUGCUUAAUGUGUAUGGUUCAUUUCUUCAUGAAAAUUCUUCACACAAUAUUUUACAAGAUCCAUCUCCAUUUCCUUCCGAUUUUCUUUUUGGCACAGCUUCUUCUGCUUACCAGUAUGAAGGUGCGUUCUUGACUGAAGGGAAAGGAUUGAACAAUUGGGACAUAUUUACGCAUGAAAACCCGGGGAAAAUACGUGAUGAGAACAAUGGAGACAUGGCUGUGGAUCAAUAUCAUCGAUUUAUGGAGGACAUCCAAUUAAUGACUUCCCUUGGGGUCAACAGUUACAGAUUUUCAAUUUCUUGGUCUAGAAUUUUACCAAGAGGAAGAUUUGGAGGGAUAAAUUAUUCGGGAAUAAAGUAUUACAACAGGUUAAUCGAUGCUCUCAUUAGUAGAGGGAUUAAACCAUUUGUGACGUUGAACCAUUUGGACUAUCCUCAAGAACUUGAGAACCGGUUUCAAAGUUGGUUAAGCUCCGAGAUGCAGAAUGAUUUCGAGUACUUGGCUGAUUUAUGUUUUAAACAUUUUGGUGACCGAGUUAAACACUGGACCACAUUAAACGAACCAAACCAACAAAUAAUAUUGAGUCAUCUAAAAGGCAAGUUUCCGCCGUCCCGCUGCUCCUUACCAUACGGAAACUGUAGUCAAGGAAACUCGGAAACCGAGCCUUUCAUAGCCGCGCAUAACAUGAUCCUCGCACACGCAAAUGCCGUUCAGAUAUAUCGAACAAAAUAUCAGGGAGAACAAAGGGGAAUCAUUGGCAUUGUAGUGCAAACAUCAUGGUUUGAACCCAUCAGCGAUUCCAUUGCGGAUAAAGAAGCUGCAGAGAGAGCUCAAUCUUUUUAUUCAAAUUGGAUUCUAGAUCCGGUCAUAUACGGAAAAUAUCCAAAAGAAAUGGUGAAUAUACUUGGAUCGGCUUUGCCGCGAUUUACGAGAAAGGAAGGGGAGAUCUUAAAGAAGUCAAGAUUAGAUUUUGUAGGCAUUAAUCACUAUACAAGUUUCUUCAUUCAAGAUUGUUUGCUCUCAUCUUGUAAUGCUGGAGAUGGAGCUUCUAAAGUUGAAGGAUUUGCACUCAAGUUAGACCGAAAAGGCAAUGUUUCUAUCGGAGAACUAACAGAUGUAAAUUGGCAGCACAUUCAUCCGGAAGGGUUCCGAAAGAUGUUGAAUUACCUGAAAAAUAGGUACCACAACAUACCGAUGAUCAUAACUGAAAACGGUUUCGGAGACUUGCAAAAACCCGAGACAACAGUAAAAGAUAUUCUAAAUGAUACUAAAAGGAUACAAUACAUGAGUGGAUAUUUGGAUGCUUUGGAGUCAGCAAUGAGAGAUGGAGCAAAUGUGAAGGGCUACUUCGCAUGGUCACUAUUGGAUAAUUUCGAGUGGUUGUUCGGAUACAAGCUUCGAUUUGGGCUAUAUCACGUUGAUUAUACAACUCUCAAAAGGACACCAAAACUAUCAGCUUUGUGGUACAAAAACUAUAUUGGAGAGAACAUUAGAAGAGGAUAUCCGCACUGUGCCAACACGACUUGUUCAAACGCAGGGAACUUCAUGAGGGGUAGCAUAUACGAAUUGAAUCUGAAGUCGCUUCUCUUAAAUCUCUCCACCUCUACAGACGCAGUAUAUGCCUCUGGAUUCCAGCCAGCCAUAUUAGGGCAGACCUCGGAUGUUGUGUACGGUAUGUUCCUCUGUGAAGGUCAGGUCUCUGUUGACGAUUGUAGAGAGUCGCUGCCAGAGUUAUUAUUGAAACUUGCAGAGAACAGAAAACAGCGAUCACGUGACAGCUCCAUCGUACUUGAGAUGGCGCAAAAGAUACAUUCCCAGCUUGCGUUUUGGUUUUGGAUCCUUCGGCUUGAUAUACACGCUAAUAGGAAAGGCACAGAGGAAAUACCGGACGAUAUAGUGUUGGGGAAGAGUUAUGUAAUGCUACAGUGCACGAGAGACAUAGAUGUUGAUGCCUGUGGUAGUUGCUUGAACAAUUUGACAGCAGAAGCAAAGGACAAAAGCCAAGGCCAAGUCGGGUUGCAAAUGUAUGGAAAUCAAAAAAGAUUCGAAAGACAAGAUCAUCUUGGUGUCGGUUCUAGCAUCAGUUGCAGUAGUAGCUGUUCCAUUUCUUGUCUAUUAUUCGCAUUUUUUUCUUCUCGACGCAGAUCACAGAAUGUGUCAGUUCUUCCCAAGAGCAUGAGAGGCAAAAAUCAGGGACUUGAUCAUGAUGUAAAGAUGAUCGAGGUAGAGGGUGAUGACGGUCAACAGAUGCGCUACAUAAGCCUGCAUACUAUUGUAGAUGCAACUAAUGGCUUCUCUGAUGGUAACAAACUAGGGGAAGGAGGUUUUGGUCCUGUCUACAAGGGAAAAUUACCAAACGGGGAUGAUGUCGCGAUCAAGAGACUCUCAAGAAAAUCAAGUCAGGGUCUUACAGAGUUCAAGAAUGAAGUGAGUUUGAUAAUUAAGCUUCAACAUCGAAACUUGGUGAAACUUUUAGGGUACUGCUUCGAAGAAAAUGAGAGGAUUCUUAUAUAUGAAUACAUGUCUAACAAGAGCCUCGACGCUUUCCUAUUUGGCAUGCAAGUACAUCUUUGA